AUUGUCCCAUUACGUGUGCAUUGUCCUCUGACUUUUUGAGCUGGCCACUCUUUUCUUUAUUUCUUUUCCUUUCUUAACUAAACUUUUUGUUUUCUCUUUGCCUCUUCAUUUUUUAAACCAAAAUUACUUCACUUUCCUCAAUCUUGAGCCUUUUUAUUUUUUUAAAUUUUUUGAACACUAUCUUUAUUUCUUGUAGCUGUUGUUAUUGGAAUCUCAAACUUCACAUGCAAAAUUCUCUGCAUAGUUUCUUCACUGAAUAAGCACUUUUGCUUGAUAUAUUAAGCGCUUAAGCAGGAAAGCAACUUUCAUAGCUUCUUCAGUGAAUAAGCACUUUGGAUAUGCUGUUUUUGGAUAUAGCUUCUGUGAUGAAUUUUUGGUCUUCCUUUAUGCUGCCUUUAAGCAGGAAAUAUGAAGGAUGACAGAGAUUACAUUGAAUUCAAUUGUCAAUAUCUUAUACCAUACACUAAAAAAACUCUCCAUGAAAUUCUUCUCACCAUUGCAAGCUUUUCUUUUUAUCAUUGUUAUUCUUUCUCCUCUUGCUAUUGCUGACCUGAAUUCCGAUAAGCAAGCCCUUCUUGAUUUUGCUUCUGCCAUCCCUCAUCGUCGCAACCUUAAGUGGGACCCUGCUACCUCAAUAUGUACAUCUUGGAUAGGCAUCACUUGCAAUCCAAACAGUACUCGUGUAGUUUCUGUCCGGCUCCCCGGAGUCGGACUAGUAGGCACCAUUCCAUCCAAUACACUCGGCAAACUUGACUCACUUAAAACUAUUAGCCUUCGCUCAAACCUACUAAGUGGAAGUAUACCUCAUGAUAUUACUUCUCUUCCGUCUCUACAAUAUCUCUACCUUCAACAUAAUAACCUUUCUGGUGAAUUACCAACAUCAUUGCCGUCGCAACUCAAUGCACUUAUUUUGUCAUACAAUUCUUUCACAGGUAGCAUUCCGAAGACAUUGCAAAACUUAACGCAACUAACUCGAUUGAGCCUCGAGAACAACUCCUUAUCUGGACCGAUACCUGAUCUCCAUGUAAACCUCAAACAAUUGAAUUUGAGCUACAACCAUUUGAAUGGAUCUAUCCCUUCAUCUCUUCAUAGUUUCUCAAGUUCUUCCUUUGAAGGGAACUCUCUCUUAUGUGGAUUGCCUCUAAAGCCGUGCUCCGUAGUCCCUCCUCCAUCGCCUCCUCCUGCAUUGGCUCCUAUAAGACACGACUCGAAAAAUAAACUGAGUAAAGGAGCUAUCAUUGCAAUUGCUGUUGGUGGAGCUGUUCUGUUGUUUUUCGUAGCUCUUGUCAUUGUUCUUUGUUGUUUAAAGAAAAAAGAUAACGGAACCUCAAGAGUAGUUAAAGCCAAAGGUCCUAGUGGUGGUGGUGGAAGGACUGAAAAGCCGAAAGAAGAGUUUGGAAGUGGAGUGCAAGAAUCUGAGAGAAAUAAAUUGGCUUUCUUUGAGGGAUGCUCUUACAAUUUCGAUCUCGAGGAUUUGUUGAGAGCUUCGGCUGAGGUCCUUGGAAAGGGUAGUUAUGGUACUGCAUAUAAGGCUAUAUUGGAGGAGCAAACGACGGUUGUAGUCAAAAGGUUGAAAGAAGUUGUGGUUGGCAAGAGGGAAUUCGAACAGCAGAUGGAGAUUGUUGGAAGCAUUGGAAAUCACCCGAAUGUCGUUCCGCUUCGCGCUUAUUAUUAUUCAAAGGAUGAGAAGCUUUUAGUUUGUGACUAUUUCCCGAAUGGCAAUCUAUCUAUACUCUUGCAUGGUACUAGGACAGGCGGAAGAACUACUUUAGAUUGGAACACGCGAGUGAAAAUCUCUCUUGGAAUUGCCAGAGGAAUUGCUCAUUUACAUUUAGUUGGUGGUCCAAGAUUCACACAUGGAAAUGUGAAAUCCUCCAAUGUCCUCCUAAACCAAGAUAACGAUGGCUGCAUUUCCGAUUUCGGCCUGACACCACUCAUGAACAUUCCUGCAACCCCUUCUAGAACCAUGGGCUACCGUGCUCCUGAGGUAAUUGAGACUCGGAAGCACACUCAUAAAUCAGAUGUUUACAGUUUUGGUGUCCUUCUUUUAGAAAUGCUUACAGGUAAAGCGCCACAACAGUCUCCAGUACGCGAUGACAUGGUCGAUCUCCCUAGAUGGGUUCGGUCCGUUGUUAGGGAGGAGUGGACCGCCGAGGUUUUUGAUGUGGAGCUAAUGAGGUACCAAAACAUUGAAGAAGAAAUGGUGCAAAUGUUGCAAAUUGGUAUGACUUGUGUCGCGAAGGUUCCAGAUAUGAGGCCUAACAUGGAGGAAGUAGUGAGAAUGAUUGAAGAAAUUCGGCAAUCUGACUCAGAUAACCGGCCGUCUUCUGAUGAUAAUAAAUCGAAGGAUUUAAAUGUCCAAACUCCAUGAUUAAUUUUGCUUCCCUUUUUUCUUGUGUUCCAAGCAAAUUGAUUUAUUGAACUUGUUUGUCUAGGAAGUAACAUUCAAUGGGAUAUAAAAGAAGAUGAAACACUUCUCUAUAAUGGAAUUACUUUGACUUAUUUUGUUGUGAUUCAAUUCAUGAUUUUCAUUCAGGAACAAUUGUUCUUUAAUUGUUGUUAGUGCCACCAAUAGAUGUGUAUUGCAUCAAA